AGCCACUCUUACUAUGAAAUCUCGAAGUUUUCAGCCUCAUCUACAGGUGAAGCCGGUAAUGCACAGCAGAAUCAACGUGUCUGCUCGCUUUAGAAAACCCCUUCAGGAGCCCUGCACGAUCUUCUUGAUUGCAAAUGGAGACCUCAUAAGUCCGGCUUCUCGCCUCCUCAUCCCCAGAAAAACCUUGAAUCAGUGGGAUCAUGUGUUACAAAUGGUCACAGAAAAAGUAACUUUGAGGAGUGGGGCUGUCCACAGACUUUACACGUUAGAAGGAAAACUUGUUGAGAGCGGGGCCGAGUUGGAGAAUGGGCAGUUUUAUGUGGCUGUCGGCAGAGAUAGGUUUAAGAAACUGCCUUACGGUGAAUUAAUUUUUGACAAGUCCACCAUGAGAAGGUCCUAUGGUCAGAAAGCUUCUUCACUACCUCCUAUUGUAGGAUCCAGAAAGUCUAAAGGGAGUGGAAAUGAUCGUCAAUCCAAGUCAACAGUUGGAUCCAACGACCACGCUUCCCCUCAGCCCCCAAAGAGGAAAGGGAAAAAAGAGGAGGUGAAUUUGGAAAAACCCAAGAAAGGGAAACAAAACGUAAAGUUAAAGAACUCACCACAAAUAAGUCCAAACAGUGAUGAAGGCGUUUUCAAAGCUGGAGCAGAGAGGUCUGAGACACGGGGGGCAGCAGAAGUCCAAGAAGAUGAAGACACUCAAGUUGAGAUCCCAGUUGACCAGAGACCAGCGGAAAUAGUAGAUGAGGAAGAAGAUGGAGAAAAAGCAAACAAGAAUGCAGAGCAGAAAGAAGAUUUUUCGGGAAUGAAUGGUGAAGUGGAAGACGGAGGAGAGAAGGAGGCUACAGAUGCCUCCGAGCAAGUUGAGGGGGUCCCAGAUCACAGCGAGGAGCAGGCGGUUCCCGCCCGCAUUAACGGAGGCACCGAUGAAGAAAAUGGCGAGGAGCUGGAUCAGGUUAAUACGGAGCCUCAGGAGGAAGUGGAUGAGGAAUUGAAGUCGCAAGGAGCUGGCAGUGGACAAGAUGAGGCUGACUUAGACCCUCAAAGACCACCAAGACCAGAAGUAAAAAUCACGAGUCCGCAAGAAAAUGAGAACAACGAACAAAACGAGGACUAUGCUGUGGUAGCAUAGAUAAUCUUUAAAAAAGAGAGUAUAUUGAUUAUCAGGAAAAUGAAGGGUUAUAAUACUUGAGUAAUAAGGAUGUAGUUACUGCUGAACAUAAUGUGACAAUAUUGAAUACUACCUGUGGGAUUCUAAGAUUAGAGGCUUAAUGGAAAGACUAGAUAAUUUUGAGUAGCUGCUAAAGGAGAGUGGCUUCUUUUCAUGGGAUGUAUUUGUAAAAGUCAUUUAGAAAAAUUAAGUAAGAGGGACGGAGGGACAGUUGCACAGGAUGACAAUUGGCCACUUGUCUUGGUAAGUGAUGAAAAAAUAGAGGACCACACCUUGUCCAUAAAUUUAGAAGUGAGGUUAUUAAAUGGGAGCUUAUUCUAAAGCACUUAUCUAGGAAGGCAUAGAAUUUUAAAGAGAUGAUAAUAGGAAAGCAUGUACUUUUUUUUUUAAAGCAAUAAACUCUUGAAUAAACAAAUUAUAAUUUAGUUUCAGAGACGGCAGUAGAUUGAAAUGUUUCCUUGACUUGUUGAUAUUCUUUCCUUUCUUCCUCCUUAUCCCAAAUCCAUCUCACGCAAAUUAAAAAGAGCACAUUUUGGAAGGAGGAAGUCUCCAUUCAGUGUGUUAGUGAUUCAUCUGGGCACCCCCCUGUCCCUCAAGUGCUUCAGGUUUUCAUCCUCAUGGCUUCAAUGAUACGCUCAGGAAGGAAUUUUACCAUGGAACACCCAAUUAUAGUCACAGCCUGGCUGGAGAAUUUGCAAGUUCUGAUAUCCUCUGGACUUUCAUGGAUCUAGUCUACCUUCACCAAUAAUGGCCAUCUCUUCUCCAUCACGUUACUCUGUUAGAAAACUCAAUAUUGGCUAGUCUAAAGAUCGAAUUCUCUCCAGAUUUUUAUAAAAGAACAACAACAACAAAAACCCAAGACUGCAUUUGACUUGUUUUUUGCCUUAUUUCUAUUAGGAUUAGCCUUGUCAUAUUUUUGCCCCUAGGGAUAUCAGCAAAUGUCUAUUUUAAUGGCCAGUUAUAUUUAAACUUUCAAGCAGAUUCCUUCCUAUAUAAUUAGAAGCCCUCUGAUAGAAACUGUUGAAAAAUGUUUAAAUUGUCAUGAUGAAACCAGUUUCUUAUUACAAUUUUGUGGGCUAAUUAAAUGAACCCACAAUGGCCUUGUUAGGUAUAUAUGGGGAAAACAUAAUUGUAUUAGUUUUCUGAGUUUUUAAGAGAUGAUGCAGGUCUUCCUUAAAUAUAGAAAUAAUCUAUUUUUCUCAUAUUGAAGAAUAUUUUUGUUAAUUAUGUAGAUGUUAUAAAUUUGAAAGGAAACUUCUAGUGCUUUUGUAGAAUUCAUUAUUAAUCAUAAGGUUAAAAGAUUUUCUUCCCCUCCAGGCUUCAUAACCAACCAUUUGGAAUAAAGGUAGUUAUAUCAAGCACUUGAUAA